AUGAUUACAAGCUCGUCGUCGCUGCAACGCAAGUCGCCCCGCUCCCACGAACCUCCUCACUACCAACAGUCGCCCAGCCGCGCGCGACAGCGGUCGACGUCUUAUUCUACCAACAACGCUGCCGCCCUGCCGCACCACUCGCCCUCGUCGCGCCCCUCGCCCCCGUCCUCGUCGUUCCGCAGAGACUCGGCUGCCUCGCAUCGCGCCCCUAAGGCACACGCGUCUCCCGCCUCUGCGGCCCGCAGCAGCCAAUUUCUUCCUUCCUCUCGCGCUGGCCCUGCCACCUUUCCUUCCCCUCCGCCGUCCUCGUCCCCCGCCGCUGUCGUUCCGCCGCCACCUCCGGUAGAUGAUGCAAAUUUUGCGUCUAUGGAUGCCAUCAAGAGAGAUGACGUCUCUGCGACUCACUUCCAUCCUUCCGCGCCAGUUCCCGACUCCCGACAGCAGCAGCCCUCACCGCCCUCGGACGAAUAUCGCAUCCAUGCCACCUCUGCCGCAACCUCAUCGGCUGGCCCUCUGGCGCCGCCCGUCGAUGCUCCUACUGCGCAGACCAUCGUCCACAUCCGUGAUCUCACUCAUAUUACUACUCUUGUCCAAGAGGGCAUUCUCGGUGCUGCUGCCAACGGCGGCCCCGCGGCCGGCCAGACCCAGUACGAGAUUAGUGCAAUGCCGAUAAACGACGUCAUCGACAUGGUCGCCGCUUUACUUACCAAAAUCACCACGACCAACGACCUGCAGCACGAUGCCAUGCAGCGCAACGUUGCCCACCAGCAACAGGCCAACCAGAACCACGACUCCUCGGGCUCCCACAUGACCCCCCUCAGCCACUCUGUCCUUGCCUUCCAUGGCAAAAAUGUCCCUGCCAUUUCCAUUCUCAGCUACCUUGGUAGGAUACAUAAGUACUGUCCAACCACUUAUGAAGUGUUUUUGAGCUUGCUCGUGUACUUUGACCGCAUGACGGAGCGUGUCAACGAUAGAGUCGUCAAGACGGAGCGUGCCCGUCAACGGGCCGCCUCCCAGUCGCAAACAUAUCCUGCCCACUCGCGCUCUGCCUCGCGGCAGGUCGACACCACAAUGCGUGAUAGCACCACGUCUACCGCCGACAACUCGGACGAGACCGACUCUGAUCUGGCCGAUGACGAUGAUGACGACGACGACGACCCGGACGAUGCCAUGGUUAAUUCACCAACGGCGCGAGACGACGGAAGCAAGCCGUUUGCGCCAGAGGAGCGUCAUGCUGCGAGCCCGGCCACGUACUUUGUUGUCGACAGCUUCAAUAUUCACCGGCUCAUCAUUUCGGGCGUCACUUGCGCGAGCAAAUUCUUUUCGGACGUCUUUUACACCAAUUCGAGAUAUGCCAAGGUUGGUGGCCUGCCGCUUGCCGAACUGAACCAUCUGGAGCUUCAAUUCCUGAUUCUCAACGACUUUCGACUGGCUAUUCCCGUUGAGGAGCUCGAGGGCUACGCCACGAUGCUGGUCGAAUUCUAUGCUCGCGAAGUCGUGGCCAAGGGAGUUGGCAUCAAAUAG